AUGUCCGGAUUAGAGGUUUUAGGGGCCAUCACAGGGGUGUUAGGCAUUCUGCCCGUAGCUGUGGACGCACUUAAAACUUACAAAAGCAUUAUCUCGUCGAUUCGAAAUGCUGCGCGCGAUCUGGCAAGCCUGAUUCGAGAUCUUGAGACGGAGAGAAUCCGCCUACAAACUACCUGCGAAGUGCUCCUGGAAGGAGUUGCACCCUUCCAUAUGGUAGAUUGCAUGGCUAAAGAUCCUUUUGGUGCGGCGUGGGAGCAGUACAGUCCCUUAUUGCGCCUGCGGCUCUGGGAAUCGGAGAGUUCAUUCAAAAAUCAUACUUUAGACAUGAAUAUUGCCGCCACGGAGCUGAAGAGAAAGCUAUGUAUUUAUGGUGACAGUAGCCCAAAACUUGCAGAUAAAGUCUCCAUCAUCAGAGAGCUUAAGAAGGGGGUAUCAUUCACGCUCAAUAAGAAGGACUAUAUCGGCAUUGUGUCAAGAAUUAAGCUUGGGAACCUGGCGCUUUCCGAACUUGCUAGGAACAAUCGAGGGCUCGAGGCAGCCAGGCGACAGCGGUCACAAGCUCGACUAAUCAAGCUCGUUCGAGGACUUUCCGAUGGGAUUUUUCAGGCCAUUCAAAACUCAACAACUUGUGAAUGCGUUACUUCGCAUCGAGUGUGUCUUGAACUUGUGACAAGGGAUGCAGUUCUGACUCCUAACGACCUGGAUGACGAUGUCGCACGAAGCUUCAAGUUCCACGUUGCUUUUACCUCUGAUAACAAUAUGGAGAAUCUAGGCUGCUCUGUGGUAUUAACUCUUCGAGAAGUAUUGGAUGGAGAAUGGUUGAAAGUUGCUCGGUUCGGUUAUUGGGAGAAACUGCAGAUAGCACUCGCAAUCGCUGUCAAUACUCUUCAUCUUUACAACACUCCGUGGGUUGACGAAAAUUUGACUCUCGAUAGCGUCAUUUUCUUCUUGCCCAGCAGCGGUGAAGAUCUCGAUACCAAAUUCUUAGCUCGGCCAUUUGUGGUCAAGAACGUUUUGACUCCACAUAGAAAGCAAGACACGCUUCUAAGAGCACCGAGACCAAUCAAUUGGGCAGCUUUCUGGGUUGGUGCGCUGCUCGUCCAGGUAUUGAUUGGGAAGAUAGAAAGCGCCUUGGAUGUGGUGGGACCAAUGGAUGUUCCCACGAUUAUCUCAAAGCGAAACGCUGGGAAACAACUGCUCGAUGAAGUUUUGUGGAACAGCAGCUUCAACUGUAGAGCGGCUAUAGAAUGGUGCUUUGAACACGUGCUUGAUGUGGCCGGCUUGGGGAAUGAAAAGUGCUGUCAAGAGUUUUUCCAGGAGCAAUACACAGUGCCAACAGUGCUGUCAAAUCCGGGCUGUGGUAGUCAAAUUCUGAUAGCGACAAGUGUUGAUUUACUUGCCUCGGAGACUUUAUAUACUAUGACUCUCACGUCUUCCCAUUAA